CAAAAACGCGAGAUUCUCGGGGGCGCGGGCGAGGCGCAAGCUGGGCGUUGGCAGUGGCUGUCCGAGCAUCCGUUUGGUGCGUGUUGCAGUUAUAGUGCCGAGUGAGCGAGUGCUGGCGGAGUUGCAGCCAAGAGCCGAUCUGCCUCCUCAGCUCAGCCCAGCGGAAUCUGGGCGGCGCUAUAGGGAGGGGCACGCGAAAGUAACAGCGCGCUCUAAGACACACAGCACUCCGCUGCGACGGAGUCGCUGCGUGGUUGGCAGUCCGUAUCGCGAGAGCGCGAAGUCCGAGUCGUGAGCGAUGGUGCUCUUCUACGCGAAUAGACCGGGCGAGCCGGGCAUUAUACUGUGGGAGGUCGCGGCCGCCGCGCUCUGCUUCGAGGCCCUCUACCGGAGUUUUGGAGUGGCGUUCCGCACGCUAUCCACGAGAAAGGGCGUCGCGCUGGAUCCGAAGCGUCGGCCGACCUUCGCGCGCGACGGCAACUCGUACGCCGUCAGCUUCGUCCACGCUCUUAUCGUAGUGUUGAGAGGGUGCCAGCACCUCGUCGACCAGUACCAAGCGCCUGUAGAGGCCAAAUUCGUGCAGCGGCCCUACGGCUCCACGAGCGAGUGGGCCGCCGGCGCCGCGGCCAUCGAGCCGACGAAUACGAUCUUCCUGGCGUUUCUUGCGUAUGACGUAAGCCACGUCCUGCUGGAGUACCCUAGGCUGGGCGGUAUGGACGUAAUCGCGCACCACGUCUUGUUCGCGGCGGCGUCCUACGUCUGCGGCUCCAAUAGAGUUUUUCCUUGGCCCUUCGCGUGGCUGAUUAUUGGGGAGCUGUCGACGCUGCCGCUGAAUCUGCGCUGGGUGCUCAUCCAGUCCGGAAGGGGAGACACGACGAUCAUGACGUGGACGAACCGUUGUUUCGCGUUCACGUUCUUCGUCGGGCGCGUCGUCGUCUACGGCCUCGGGCUCCUGCACCUCGGUGCGAGCUGGCAUCCUUAUGUUGAAGAUGCUUGUCAACGGGUUUCUGGGCUGCGCGUCGUCUGCGCGCUCUUCGUCGCGGGCUACGGCCUGAACCUGGUCUGGUUCCGGCGCAUCGUGCGCGUGGCGACGCGCCCCGCGCGCGCCGCGGACGACUGAAUUCCCGCGGCGGCUAUGAUAAUCAAACUAUACUGUGCCGACGGCAUCGAUUUGGCUAGCG